GUGUAAUUUCACUUUGCAAGAUACUUGCACCAACCGCCGCAGGCUCAAUUGCAAUUGCCACAUCAAGACACAUGUCCGCGAGUAUUGAAUUGAAUAACUUUGAGCAAUAGUUUGGUUCAUCGUUUGAGAAUUCGAUCAUGGCCUCUCGCCCACUAUCUCCCAUGACGAUAGAGGCCCCUCUGGCGAACAACGUAGCGCCAGCUGGCCCGUCUGUCGCUAUUAUUUCAACUGAAACCCAAGCCACCAACUCUCACCAGUCUAUCUCCCGGAGCCGAACAGUUUUCAUCAUUUCUUGCAUUACUUGUAUAACUGGCAUAGGAAGUCUACUAGGUGGUUUACUCACAGUUUGUAUACCUGUGAUUGCAAAGGAUUUGCGCAUACCACAAGAGCUGCAAUUAUGGCCAGCAGCUGCCUUUGCCCUCGCGAGCGGCUGCACGCUACUUCCUUGUGGUGCUGCCGCCGACGUUUUGGGCUGCCGGCGUGCAGUUUUGUUCGGUGCUUUGCUUCAGGUCGCAAGCACUGUUGGGGCGGGGCUGGCAAACACUUCGACACAACUUAUCGCCCUACGCAGUGUUGCUGGUCUUGCGGCGUCUUUCUGCCUCCCUGGCGCCGUAGGCACAGUCGCACAUUGUUUUCCGCUGAGUGGGAGCCCGCGCCGUCGCAGCACUGCUUUUGCGGCAAUGGGUGGUGGGCAGGCUGUUGGUUUUGGACUGGGCCUUGUGCUUGGUGGAGUAUGCGCUGACACUAUUGGCUGGCGCUGGGGCUUCUAUGGUGCCGCGAUAGUUAACUGCAUCGUCCUGGCUUUGGCAUUCUGGGCACUCCCCCACAGCGCGGAUGGGGGUCCUCUUGGACGAGCAGCAUUCGCUCGCUUCUUAGCUGAUGUCGAUUGGGUUGGUGCACUGCUGAUUAGUACUAGCCUUGCACUGUUAUCGUAUGAGCUUUCCGUUGCCACAGCCUUGGACGCUGCUCAGACAAUGCGUACGCCGCAGAACAUCAUACUUCUGUGCACAGCAGUCACACUGCUACCUAUAUCCAGCCUAUGGAUGCAUCGACAGACACGACUCGGCCGUCCUGCACUGAUACCAAAUGCUCUAUGGAAGAAUGUGCCCUUUACUGCCGUCUGCGUUACAGUGUUCCUAUUAUGGGCCAGCCUGAAUGCUAGUGAACAAUUCACAGCUUUGUAUUUGGAGGAUGUGCUCGACAAGUCGGCUCUUACAGCAUCCUUGUACUUUCUACCGGCUCCUAUUGGUGGCGCUAUCAUGAACGCAGCUACCGCCAGCUUAUUGCCGCGCAUGCGGCCUUCGCUUGCUGUGCCUGCGGCCUGUCUUGUCAGUUCUGUUGCUACAUUGCUGCUCGCGAUUCUGUGUCGUGUCGACGGCCCAGGGUAUUGGCAGGUUAUGUUCCAGGCCAUGUUACUGAAUCCACUUGGUAUGGACAUGGUUUAUACCAUUGCAAACCUGGUCGUGACAGAGGCGUUCCCCGCAAAGACGCAGGCACUAGCAGGCGGAAUUUUUAAUAUGCUAGCACAAAUUGGGCAGAGUUUCGGAGUCGCAACUACAGCAGUAAUUGCACGACAUGUUACGGCAAAGGUAAAUGGUGGAAGCCCUCAGGAGGCAUUGCUUCAAGGUUACAAAGCUGGUUGGUGGUACAACUGUGCACUGGUAUUGGCUUCUGUAGCCGUGACCCAUUGGGGGCUCAAGGGUGUCGGCAGACUGGGCGUCAAAAGAGAUUGAAGCGACCUUCACCGCAAACUAUAAGAGAAUUUUAUGUUCCCACCGGCAUGGAAAUCUGUGCUCUCCAGCGGCCUCUCAGCAAAGAAUUCGCAUCGGCAGGGCCAGCCAGCCUUCCAUCAUGCACAUCAAUAAACCACACGCUACGCAAAAUGGAGAAGGGGGUGAAGCCGUACGAGAUAUAUGACCGGCCAGGUGGAUUUCAUGGGAAGAUAAAGAGGUAGAUGGUACUUAACAUCGCCAACUCCAAGUCACGCGUCUCCAACAACUUUGUUCAAGCCUGCCGCUGACCUUGCGUCCAUUCUUUGACACGUCUACUAGUCUGAACUAGGUGCUAGCGAUUAUUUGGUUUCUUAGUGGUUGUAUCUCAUAUUGUAAGAAUUGUUUUCCAUGAAAAGAUGCAGAGGUGCCCUGACUAUAUUCAAGCGAUUAAAGCCUCCUUGGACAAAGCAGGUUUCACAAAGUCUAUCUCAAUAGAUCAUCUAAAAGUCAC